UUUCCUCGACUAGGAAGUACGUGUAGAAGGGGAAAAAACUAAGUAGUUCAAAAUGCUCUGAAUUCUAAUCACGAAACAGUUCUCUGCUAACAGAAAGAGUUCGACAAAACAUUGGUUGGAUUAAGUUUGUGGAAAGGUAGCCUGUGUCUGAAGGCUUGAAGCCACCAACAUGUCUCCCAUUAAUAGAUUCAUUCUGUCUGCUGGUCUGCUGUGUUUCUUCCUAAGUUUUGCUUGUCAUCAUGUUCUGGCACAACCCCAGCUAGAAAGAGGCCCACAGGAUGCUGUGGUUCAUGAAGGAGACACAGUCAAAUUCGUGUGCGACUUGACAAAUGUAAUUGGUUAUAGUGUCUACUGGCUUUACCGAAGUCAAGGAGGCUUUGUGAGGUACCUUAGCAUUGAUAGAUCGGUGAUUGCAAACCCACCUCUACCCCCACAGCUGGAACAACGUCUGUCCAUCAUAGGUAAUGAGAGCCAAGACGAGUUUACUCUGAGGAUCACAAAUGUACAGGAAACUGAUGAAGGGACGUAUUCUUGCCGGUAUGGCUAUCUCGGGCGUAAUGUAGAAACUGCUGGCACUGCUGAUCUUAUGGUUCAGGUCCCACCAUCCACACAGUCACCGUGGUGCAGUGUACAACCUGAAUCAAGGGCCGUGGGAGACUAUGGGACUCUUUACUGUAAUUCCCAAGCAGGAAAACCUACUCCAAACAUCACCUAUUAUAAGGAGAAUGAACAGUUGGUAGGUCCUGUGACUAAUUCAAUUCGUCAUCAAUAUCAGUUAAAAGCUCAAGACAAUGGUGUGAUUUUCACUUGCAUCAUGACCACACCUGCCUUAGAUGAGUCACGCAACUGCUCCGUGAUGCCGCUAAGAAUCUUACCACAGGCCACCAUCCGACCAGCAGUAUCUGGGGUUGAGGAGGGGACUUUUACAACUUUCCAAUGCAGUGGGGAGGGUGUGCCUAAUAUCACCAACUACAGUUGGAAAGUAAUCGACACUGAAACAGGACAAAUCCUACCGACAGAGAGGUGCACAGUGUCUGAGGAUGGGCAAACUUUGGAGAUAGCAGUGAUGGAGAAUCUUGAAUUGGUUUGCACUGUCAGUGUACCAUCUGGAUUGUCUGGUAAUACAACCACAAGGAUUGAUGUAGUCAACCGGGAACAGACAACAAUGAGUGUCGUAUCCACAGGGUUACACACAGACAAACCCUCCAAGGAACCACCUUGCAAUUGUCCAAAGAAUGAACAAUCAUCUCCAGUCACUGUGGUUUUGAUCGUGGCGGUUGUGGUCCUAGCAGUAGCAGUGAUUGUCCUCAAUAUCUUGCUUGUGUGGCAAAGAAAACAUUACCGGAAGUCUACAAGCCCCCCAGCGGGACCGAAAAUGACGCGAGCAGGCCAUGAGUAUGAUGAUGUCCAAGAUGCGGCAGAGCAAGGCCAGGAAAUGCAAGACUCUGCUUAUGCUGCGGUCCAGGAGGACAGAGAUGGUCCUAUCACCUCUGAGUACCUGGAACUGCAGGAUUCUCCUACGUGCAAGGAAAGCCUCUAGUAUGCUUAUGCUUCCUACCCAGAGCGCAAGAAUGAUCCUACUGCAUCCAGAGGCAAAAUUGGGAAGGCUGUUUCACACCCUGUCAAGAUAAAGAAGCAGAGCCUGAGAGUUCCUAUGCAGGACGCAUCUGGGUAUGAAUUGCCAUCCAAGCUAGCAGCAACCAUCAAAUGAAAAAAACAGAAUGUAAAAGUUGUGUUCCCUGUGCUCUUUGACAAAUUUGAUCGUUUUUUUGUUUCUUUGUUUGGUU